CAAGUGUAAACAAUGAACCAUCAGAUUGUCAAUUUACAGAUGGUGUUGUACACCAGAGUGUUGUUGCCUGGGUUCUGCUCUUCACCUACUGGCUGGUCUUGUGUGUGGCAGUGUUCGGACUAUGGCUUUUGGCACUAAAUUUCGGCAGUGAGCUGGAACUUCCCCCAACCCCUCCAGAGAUCAUUUCAACCUCCACAACAACCCCUUAUGUAAACCCUUACUAUUAUGCACACAGGCACGAUUCCUCCCAAGAAAGGCAGUUACCAACUCGCGAGUUCAGGGCCUACAUUGCUGCCACUCACCGCUACGCCAACUACACUUUGGAUCCCAGACUGUACUUGGUCUUGCCCUGCGGUACAGCUUUACUUGCCGCUGGGACCAUCAUGCUUGGGGGAGUUUUCUCCAGGAAGCUGUUCUCGACUACUGCUGGUCUGCAUACGUCUGCCGUGCUGUGGGUACUGGUACUAGUGAUUAUGAUUCUGUACAAUGCCAAUGCCGUCAACUUCUACAGUGAGAACACACUGCUAGCGUCUGGCUGGGUGGUGGGUGUCCACGCCAGCCUCCUCCUCCUCCUCAGUCUGCAGCUAGUGAUGACCAUAUGGGAGCUACGGAGGCAGAAGACUGGUUGGCCGACGCUGGUGCCUGGGCAGAUCUUCACUCUAGGCGCCAUGCUGAUAGCUGGCAGGAUGACCCUGUCAGUGUACUUUACUCUGAACUUCUACAACUCUUGGAUGAUAUUCGGCGUGCAGGACUUUUCUACCAACCUAGACUUCUGGCCAUCGUCUGUGCUGCGCUUCCCCGAGCAGUACGUCCUACCCUGCGCCACUGCUUGUGCCUACGGUGGCACCGUUGUUAUUCAGGAUUUGUUCUCUCAUUUUAUGGGUCCAGUAAAUAACGUUCUGAGGGCCUGUACCGCUACGGUCUGUGCAUUACUUUAUAUCAGUAUUGCAGUAAUUACUUCUCCACUCUUCGUGAAGAUUAUAAUCGGCUCUUUUGUAAGGCCAACACUAAUGGUUUUGGCAAUAUUAACCAGUAUAUUGAGUGUCUUGCAAGCCAUCUUGUGCUUCGUCAUCCCAGAUGUACUAAAGGAGACUCCAGAGGUAUUUAGGGUGAUGGUCAGUCGCUUACAAUCUUCGGCAAGGUUUGCUAGUGAAAGAGGAUUCAGGCCAUCGUCCAUAACACUCGCUAAUGUCGAAGAUGCUGUUGACACGGGGAAAAACAUUGUUAAUGAAGACAUUACAUGUAACUUCUUUCUGCUGGUGCAGGCGUGUGUGGCAGCGGUACUGGCAGUGAGUGGUGACUGGAGUAACCUCUACAUCACUUGGGGAACUGUAGUUAUGUUGUGUGGUGAUGCUGCUGUUCUCACCAGGAUACUCCCAUCCUUUCUGGUGCAGCUAGCUGCCUUCACUCGCAUUAAGGCUGCUAGAUUUUUACAGGUAACCUGCCUGUUAUUAGAGUGCGCUUUGCUGUUGGUGGGGUCUGUGGCAACCUUCUGUAUGGACACUUCUGUUGGUCACACAGCAGCUGCUGUCGUCAACCUGAUCCUCGGGUUUUGUCUGUUAAACAAGGUGACGUUCAAGAAAGUUGUUGGUAGCGAUGGUGGCGGCAGCAGCACUAGAAACGUCUCUACCACGACUACCAGCAGCACUUCCAUCACUAAUACUAGCAACAACAGCAUCCUCACCAGCAGAGAAACUGAGGGGAGCGAGAACAUUGGAAAGGAAGAGAAGCCCUUGACAGAGGCUGGACCAGCUGAGGCUGACCAGCACGAGGCUAUAGAAAAUACCAAGAUCGUUUCUUGAAUGCUUUUCUCUGGGUGUAGCUCAGCAAGAUGCUCGAAAGAUGCAUUAAAAAGCACUAAUUUGCAUUUAAUUUGUUUUAAGAUUCAAAGUAUCGGUCAACUAAGGAAAUCUUAUUUACCCGUUUUUUGAGAAGCUGACUCGUGUACAUUGGCAAACUGAUUCACUUGCCGUUUGCAUUAUGCCAGAAUAUCCUUAAAUUUUUCUAAAACGAAAUCUGGUUGAACUCUCCUCAUGGAGGGUUCUGUGUAACAUGCCAGUCCUAAAACCACCAGGACAGUCUUGUAGCAGUUUGUGCAUUAAAAAAUAUUUAUGCCCUAAAAUUGUUCAUUUUUAUAAAGUUUGAAGGAAUAAAAGUAUAACAUCA